GGGCGGUGGCGACAGCGGCGGAGGCGGCAGUCGCCGGGCCUGCUGUGCGCAUGCGCCCGCUUGCUUGCUCGCUCACUCGCUCGCUCCCCCACCGCCGGUUGACAGCCCUCACGACCGCCUCGCGCCAGAGCCGAGCGGGAAGAAGCGGCUCCUCCGCACCCCGGGAAGAGGCUGUGGGAGUGGUGCGCUUGCGCCGCGGGAGGAACUACAGCUCCCAGCAUGCCUCGCGGCGGGAGGGAGGCAGCGCGGCAGGCGGGCAGCCGAGUGCAUUAUUUAUUCUUACCUUUGGACUCCAGAAGGAAAACAGAGUGUUUUUUAAUAUCAAGGUGAGGAUAACGUUUGAGAGAAAAUUCCUGCAUCGCCUCAUCGCACACUUUCUACAGCAUGGAUAUCUCUUUUGUUCCUCGUCUGUCACCUCAGUGGGGUUGUUACCAACCUCCAAGAGUAUCUUCCAGGAGCUGUUGGAUUGAAAAGGGAUUGAAAUGCACGGUGUUACCCAGGCUGCAUCCAUUGCUCUUUCGUGCUAAACUGCUAUGAAGCUUCCCAGCUUGUAUUUGUCAGCACAGCAGCCUGGUUCUUUGAAGAGACAAGAAGCAGGGAUUUCUUCUGUAAGGUGCUUAACCUACAUUUCAACCCUAUUAAACAAGCGAAGAGAAACCGG